UAAGACAAGCUGCCAUUAGCAUUAAUAUCUUCACUUAAGUCAAAAAUAACAGCAACAACAAUAUUGCGGGUGUAUUUCUAUGGAGACGAUCUGAAGAGGGUAGAAUGCACGUAAUUUGUAUCAUUUUUUAACUCAAAAAUGAGUUAGAAAGGUGAUUUUCUGAUAGAUUAUCAUUGGGUAGAAUACAGUACACACCACUGCUUCACAGAUGAGUUAGAGAAAUUGUUUUCAAUCGACGUUUAGCUACAAUUGAGUCUAAAAAGAAGUGAAGGGUAAAGGAGGAAAAAGGUCCAAAGACCCAUACCCCUCAUCUACCAAUCAUAAAAUUAAUGGUUCUCAAGAAACUAGUAGUGAUGAUGAUGGGUUGUCUAGGAUGUGCAGGUCAGCCCACAGAGCCUUCUACUGAGAAAACUGAAUCCAAAUCACUUAUAGAUGAAUCUGUUGUUGUAACUUCACCUAGAGUUAAACUUGGUGAUGGUAGAUAUCUUGCUUACAGAGAAAGAGGGGUACCCAAGGAAAAUUCUAAAUACAAAAUUAUCAUUGUUCAUGGCUUUGGCAGCUCCAAAGAAAUGAGCUUUAUGGCUUCUGAUGAACUCCUAGAUGAAUUGGGGGUAUACCUUGUGAUCUACGAUAGGGCUGGAUAUGGAGAGAGUGAUAUAAAUUCAAGAAGGUCACUUAAAAGUGAAGCGUCUGAUAUUGAAGAGCUAGCUGAUCUGUUGGAAUUAGGAUCCAGAUUCUAUGUAAUAGGUGUUUCGUUGGGAUGUUACCCAGCUUGGAGUUGUAUCAAGCACAUGCCUGGAAGGCUUGCAGGUGUGGCUCUCGUCGUUCCCUUUGUCAAUUAUAAAUGGCGCACACUACCUAAUGAUCUAGUGAAGGAUGAUUACAGGAAACAACUCUGCCGGUGGGUAAUUUGGAUUACACGUUAUGGUCGGGGGCUACUACAUUGGUGGUUGACUCAGAAACUUUUCCCAUCAGCGUCUGUUCUUGAUGGAAACCCUCAAUUUUUCUGCGACAGAGACUUGGAAGUCUUGAAGAACACACCAGGAUAUCAGCUGUUCACUCAGGAUGGCCUAAAGGACCGAUGUGUAUUCGAUUCCCUUUGUAGUGACAUUAUUGUAGCUUUUGGAAAAUGGGACUUCAAUCCUUUGGAACUAACUGACCCUUACCCACAAAACGAAAGCUCAGUACACAUCUGGCAAGGUGUCAAAGACAAAGUUGUGCCUGUUCAAUUACAAAGACACGUCUCUCAAAGGUUGCCCUGGAUUCGAUAUCAUGAAGUUCCUGAUGGUGGUCACUUGCUUGUGUAUGACACUGCCGUCUGUGAAGCUGUCUUGACAUCACUUUUGCUUGGGGAAGAUCCUCCAUCAUUCAGGCCGAAGUUCGCAGACUAAGCAUUUCAACUGCACUAGACAUAGAUGUUGAAACAUAAAAAGGAAGGGAGGAGAAAGGAAGGAUAUCUUUAAGCCGACGAGACUUGCAUUAAGAGUAUAUGACCAUUCUCAGCUCUCAUUCAAAAUCUCGUCAAAGUAAUGAUCGACACCAUGUUUGAAUCUCCCUUUCCUAUAUCUAAACUGGAAAAGAAGCUAAGAGGGAUUAAAUCUUGUAGAUCUGCUGUUGCAGAUUCAUCAAGUUGGAUGCAGAUUGUUAAUGAACAUAGAUCGCAACACGAUAGAAAUCAAAACUCCAGUAUGCAGAUUUUGCUAGAACACUAUGUUUGACAAUUUCCAUCUUUUUGUUUGUAUUCAAGAAGCAUCAAGACAAGAUUAAAAAAAGACUUGGUUGAGCUUUUCUGCAAAUAGAAAACUUCAUUCUUGAGUCUUGA